AAACCUAAAAAAUCUCACAGCCUCUCCCAGCUCAAAAAACCAAUCUCAUUUCUCUCACCGGAGGCGCGCAGCCAUGGCUUUAGUGCGACCAGGCUCAGCCAACCAACCGGCGAAGAUCCGAUGGGGCGAGCUCGACGAGGACGACGGCGAGGACCUGGACUUCCUCCUGCCGCCGAAGCAGGUGAUUGGGCCCGACGAGAACGGCAUCAAGAAGGUGAUUGAAUACAAAUUCAACGACGAGGGCAAUAAGGUCAAGAUCACCACCAUCACUCGCACACGGAAGCUCGCCAACGCUCGCCUGAGCAAGCGCGCCGUCGAGCGCCGCUCCUGGCCCAAAUUCGGCGACGCCGUUCAUGAGGACGUCGGCGCCAGGCUCACCAUGGUCUCCACUGAAGAGAUCCUCCUUGAACGCCCUAGGGCUCUUGUUUUUAAUUUUCUGCACAUAAUUGUUGAACUUCAAACAGGUACCAAGGCAGAAGAAACGAAGAACGCAGGAGACUCUUUGGCACAACUUGGCAAAGGAGGGACUAGUCUCAAGCUUUGUAGGGUAUGUGGUAAGAAGGGUGACCACUGGAGUGCACAGUGCCCAUACAAAGAUCUUGCCCCACAGACAGGCGCUUUUAGUGAUAAAGCUCCUACAUCAGAUGCAACAAGUGCAGUUCCUGGCUCUGGCAAGAGUACAUAUGUUCCUCCAGGCUUAAGAGCAGGGGCAGAGAGGACUGGAACUGAUAUGAGACGAAGGAAUGAUGAGAAUUCUGUUCGUGUCACCAACCUAUCUGAGGAUACACGAGAGCCUGAUUUGCUUGAACUUUUCAGACCUUUUGGUGCCGUUAGCCGUGUUUAUGUUGCUCUUGAUAAAGACACCCAAGUUAGCAGAGGAUUUGGUUUUGUUAACUUUGUGAACAGGGAAGAUGCCCAAAGAGCCAUCAACAAAUUGAAUGGUUAUGGUUAUGAUAAUCUCAUCCUCCGGGUUGAAUGGGCCACACCCAGGGCGAAUUAGACUCCUUUCUUUUGUGUUCCCCUCUGUUCUCUUAAUUUUAUAAAGAUGUUGGCAUUAAGAAUGUUUAGCUAUAUUUUCUAUAAUGUUUUGCUCCCAUCCUCUUUGUAAACUUUAUUUAAGAUUUUGGUUUCCAAAAUGUACGGUAAGAGUAUUUAUUUAGUUGAGUUGAGUAAAACCUUGAGAAUGUGCUUGAAUUUGUUUUAUUUGUGUACUACUGAAAGUCUGAAAGAGAACUAAAAUAGACAUUUCCUGUAUCCAGAUCUUUAUUCUUGGUUUUG